AUGCAAGGGAAACAACAUAUUGAAUCUUCUAGCAAAGUAAACAAUAUCAAGCAUCAUGACGAAACACCGCCUAAUGUUCGAGUACGGAAACUAAAGGAUCAGCUCAUCCAAGCUAAAGUUCAUCUUUCCCUUCAGGCAGUUAGGAACAUUCCCCAUCUCACUCGGGAACUUCGGCUACGGGUAAAGGAAGUUUCACGAACAAUUGGAGAGGCAAGCAAAGAUUCUGACUUGCCAAGGAAUGCAAAUGUGAGAAUGAAGGAAAUAGAGCAAUCAUUGAUGAAAGCAAGGCAAAUUCAAGAUGAUUGUGCCACAUCCUUGACAGCUAAAACACUGCCUAAAGGUCUCCAUUGUCUUCCGUUGCGCCUUACAACUGAAUACUAUAACUUGAACUCUUCUCAGCAACAAUUCCCCAAUCAAGAGAAGUUAGAAGACCCUGGACUAUACCAUUAUGCAAUAUUCUCAGAUAACAUAUUGGCCACAGCUGUUGUUGUGAAUUCUACUGCUGCCCAUGCUAAGGAUUCCUCCAAACAUGUUUUCCACAUUGUAACUGAUAGGCUCAAUUAUGCGGCAAUGAGGAUGUGGUUUUUGGCCAAUCCACCUGGAAAGGCGGCAGUUCAAGUUCAAAACAUUGAAGAUUUUGCAUGGUUGAACUCGAGUUACAGUCCAGUUCUUAAGCAGCUAAGUUCUCCUUCAAUGAUAGAUUAUUACUUUAAGGCUCACCGUGCUUCUUCUGAUUCGAACCUCAAGUUUCAGAAUCCUAAGUAUUUAUCUAUAUUGAACCAUCUCCGCUUCUACUUGCCCGAAAUAUUUCCAAACCUCAAGAAAGUGCUGUUUUUGGAUGACGAUGUAAUUAUGCAGAAGGAUCUUACUGGUCUUUGGUCAAUUAACUUGAAGGGAAAUGUAAAUGGUGCUGUCGAAACUUGUACAGAAAGUUUUCAUCGGUUUGAUCGUUACCUCAACUUCUCAAAUCCUCUUAUUGCAAAGAAUUUCGACCCCCGUGCUUGUGGAUGGGCAUAUGGUAUGAAUGUUUUUGAUCUGGUCGAAUGGAAGAAACAAAACAUCACAGAGUUAAAGGCUAUUGUAAGUCCUGAAUAG